ACCCUUGGCUGCACGCAGUGGCUUCCCAUUCAAGGCUCUCAAGCUUCUAGGGACGACUCUUGCUCUUCUCUCGUUCGUCUUGCAGCCGUCUUCUAGCCCAUCCUUCUCGCUCUCAGAGUCUCUUUGUAUCCGCGAAAUCUUUCUUUGUCGUCUGCCUUGCAAUUUCGUACCCGCUCGCAAGCCUUACUGCUUUCAAGUUUGUGCUCACACCGAAACAGGAAAUUCGUCUCCGAGUGUGACAAUUGACAUCAGCAUCUCAAUUUCAAGUUGAUCUUCUUGUUGCAUUCGCGUUCGCUCAGCAUAUCAGCACUUCACUGCAGAUUGGAAUCAUGCAUGCUGCGAAGUGAAGGUUGAACUUGCACGAGGAUUAUUUUGCUAGUCGACGCUCAAACCUGGUAAUUUCUCCGAGCCGAGAGUGUAAAUCUUUCACCUUGUCCUUGGUUUCAAUCUCUCCAUUGAUAGCGCGAUCAAUGUGCAUCAGUACUAUGUCAAAUGAAGCUUCGGAGAAGACGCUCGCAGUAUUUCCAGACGACUUUCAAAGGAAGGACAAACGCAAGAUCGGACUUGGCAGCACCAUGGAGGCCCAGAGUGCUGGAUUGGAGCCUGCGCUGGACUCUGAACCGACCACAGCUGGAACGAGCCCUUCAAACUGCAGCGACAAGAGAAGGAGGGUCACCAUUUCCAAGGAAGUGCUGGUGUGCUACUUUCAGGAGGUGCUGGAGCAGGACGAGAACAUGAUCCCCGAGGCACAGAGCUCUCCCAGAGAUGUUGAUUUUGAAACGGAAGAGAUCAAAGACAAUGAUGGCCCAUCUGCAGAGGCCUUGAUCUUGGACGAGCUUGUCAACGCCAUGAUUCUGAAGAAUGAGUCCAGCGCAAUCUGUCCCAUCUUGAAACGAAUGAUCCUUAAGGGCUCAACAACAAUCUUUACAAGGGUCCGUGAGAGGAUUAUGCUUACCAUCAAUCGGAUCAGAGAUGCUGGAAAAGUUUCCUUGUUGCCGUCCAACACUGUUUUAGGACCCGCUUCCAUUCAGAUUCUACAGUUUCUUGAUGAGAGUGUGAAGCGAUCAGUCUCGCUGAUUGACUCGUUUUCUAAAGACAAGCAAGACUCACUUCAACCCACAUCCAUUAGAUCCUUGCAUGACGACCCGGGUACGAAGGUGUAG